AGCGGCGCGGAGCGGGGACGGGGCCGCUUCCCCCCCGCGUGAUGUCACGGCUGUUUCUAUAGAAAUUCGGUGACAUCACGGCCCGGGGGUCCGCGACCCGCUGCGGGUCCCGCACCGGUACUCAGCCAGCCCUGAAGGGACCCGAUUCUGAUCCUGCCGUUGCCUCUCCCCCCGCAGCCUCGCAUCUUGCCGAAGCCCAGGCGGGAGCCCCCUCCCGGGCCGCCGUCGAUGCUGAGCGUGCCGGGGGCACUGCCCGCCUCCCUGCACCAUGGAUGGCUUCUACGACCAGCAGGUCCCCUUCAUGGGCCCUGGGAAAUCCUGUGCCGAGGAGGGCCGAGGCCGGUUGGGCUCCGAGAGGAAAAGGAAGUUUUUGGAGACCGACCUGGCCCACGACUCGGAAGAGCUCUUCCAGGAUCUCAGCCAGCUGCAGGAGGCCUGGCUAGCUGAAGCUCAGGUCCCCGAUGAUGAACAGUUUGUCCCAGAUUUCCAGUCUGAUAACCUGGUCCUGCACGCCCCACCUCCAGCCAAGAUCAAGCGGGAGCUGCACAGCCCUUCCUCAGAGCUGUCAGCCUGCAGCCACGAGCAGGCUCUCUGUGCCAGCUAUGGAGACAAGUGCCUCUACAACUGCUGUGCCUACGACAGGAAGCCCCCCGCCGGGUUCAAGCCAUUAACACCGCCCGCCACACCGGUGUCCCCCGCGCAGCCGGGUUCGUCCCUGCCACCGCCGCCGGCCCCAGGGGUGCAGGCAGCUGCCCAUGGCGGCCCAGCUGCCCCACUGCGCAGCACGGCGCCGGCACCACACCUGCUGCAGGAGCAGAGACAGCAAACCUUCGCCGUGCCGCGGCCGCCCCACCCGCCCGUGCACAUGCCAAAGAUGAUGUCCGAAAACCAGUACCCCACAGAGCACAGGUUCCAGAGGCAGAUGUCUGAGCCCUGCCACCCCUUCCCACCACAGCCCGGCAUCCCUGGGGACAGCCGCCCCGUCUACCACCGGCAGCUGUCAGAACCUGUUGGCCCCGCUGCCCCCCACCCCGCUCAGGGAUUCAAACAGGAGUACCACGACCCGCUCUAUGAGCACGCCGGCCCCAGCCUGCCCGGCCCCCCUGGGCACGGCUUCCAGUCCCCCAUGGGCAUCAAGCAGGAGCCCCGGGACUACUGCAUCGACUCAGAAGUGCCUAACUGCCAGUCCUCAUACGUGAGAGGGGGCCUCUUCCCCAGCAGCCAUGAUGGAUUUUCGUAUGAAAAAGACACACGAUUGUAUUUCGAUGACACGUGCGUGGUACCAGAAAGACUGGAGGGUAAGGUGAAGCAGGAGCCCACCCUGUACCGCGAGGGCCCUCCCUACCAGCGGCGCGGGUCGCUGCAGCUCUGGCAGUUCCUCGUCACGCUCCUGGAUGACCCUGCCAACGCGCACUUCAUCGCCUGGACUGGCCGUGGCAUGGAGUUCAAGCUGAUCGAGCCCGAGGAGGUAGCACGGCGCUGGGGCAUCCAGAAGAACCGGCCGGCCAUGAACUAUGACAAGCUGAGCCGCUCCCUGCGCUACUACUAUGAGAAGGGCAUCAUGCAGAAGGUGGCCGGCGAGCGGUACGUCUACAAGUUCGUGUGUGACCCCGAUGCCCUCUUCUCCAUGGCAUACCCCGACAAUCAGCGUCCCUUCCUGAAAGCAGAGCCCGACUGCCACGUGAGCGAGGAGGACACCCUGCCGCUGACGCACUUUGAGGACAGCCCUGCCUACCUGCUGGAGGUGGAGCACUGCGGCAGCCUGCCCUACGCGGAGGGCUUUGCCUACUGAUGGCCGGCUGGUGGAGCGACCAGCGCUAGCACGCACGUCUGCUGUGGGCCAAUAAGGGCAAAGGUUUUGUAGAGAGUAUUUUUUGCCAUUUCUUUUAAAAACGAAACACAACAACAACAACAAAAAAAAAAACAAAAAAGGAAAAAAAAAAAAGAAACAAAAAACUAAAAAACGCGUGCGCGCACACAAACUGGCCUUUACCUUUAAGCGCAAUUGGAGGAAUCUAAAAUGCCCAGUGUGUGUCAGCGCUGAGCUCGCAACCUUACUGUCCAAGGGCUAGUGCAUAGGACUGCCCGAGGCUGGCGCCGAGCGUCCCACGGCUGUGUUGGGGAGCUGGGAGCUAAGCACCACGUCUCUGACCCUGGCCACGCUUCUCGCGAGCAUGCGAUGGCUGAUGGCUUCAGCAGCGCCUGUGGGACUGGUCUAGACGGUGUGACUGUAGCGAAUUGUCACGACAAUCUGCUUUGCAUCGAUCACAAUACGCGUAGCUGCCUUGUGUGUUGGAAAGGGCUUUGAUUUGCACAGACGAGGGGGUGUCGGGGGGCUCGGUGCCCCGGGGCUGAUGUGUGCGGCGUCCCACCCCAAGCUGGAGGAGCCUUCUGCCUUCUUCCCAGACACAACCUCCCCGUCCCUCCUUGUUCCCAGCAAGCAUUACUCUCCCAUUUAACAAUUUGUCAGCCUGCCCCACUCCUCUCCACAUCCCCCAUCACUUCUCCCCAGCUCAGGCUGUAUGCGAUGGGUUUAAUUUCACAGGAGGGAGGCUGCUGUGAUGCUAUCUCCCUCUUUUGUUUUUUUUCUUUCUUUUUUUGGGGGGAGAUAUGGGGGUGGGUGAUGUUUUUGGGGAAAAAAAACAG